UAACCUCAAUUUUUGUAGUUUAUUUUCAAAGGAUAUUUUUUGAGGAAUUUUCCCUUGAAAAUCCACACGGCAGGUGCUGAAAGGACAUCCUGCGCUCCAGGAAGAGUAUCUUCUGUUAAUUUUCGUUCAAAGACUGUGAAGAAGGAAGAUGCGAAGACUCCCCAAGAAGGACUUGCUGUUUGAUAAACUCCACCGGGGUGUCGUAUGGACAUGCAUGGGGCUCACCUUGUACGGAACAUACCUCCUUGGAACCCGAGUUUAUCGCUAUUUCACCGUCAUCAAGCCAGCCCGGCAGCAACGAGAGCUGGAGAUGAUUCAGGAGAAUGCCCAGGCGUCUACUCAAAUGCUCGAUAAAAUUCCCGAGCUCAAAGGAUGACUUCUCCCUCUCAGGACUUCUUAGAAUUAACAAAAAGUAGUUCCGAAGAAUCUUCGGCAGCAAUGUAAAUAGGCUUCCGGGAAAGUUUCUGAACUUCCUGGCCAGCAGAUUCGCCUAAUUUCUUCCUUGUGGAGUUUUAAAUAAAAAGCGCAUUUUCGUUGGAAAAUAUAUAAAUUAAUAUAUUUU